AUGCAUUGGCCGAGUCUCGCAAACGCGCUGGCAGGACUGCUCUUCUUCGGACGAGGAGCCGCCUCCGUCAUCGACACUCCGGACGUGGCACCUGGGCUAGGCCGGGGUUACAACGGCGUCCUGGACGGGGGCAAGACAUUCAACUUCACCCUCUCGCGACGCCAGGGAACCGCCGCGCAAUGCGGUGCAGCAGCCAAUGGUGCGCGGUGCUCAAACAACCUCUGCUGCUCGCAAUGGGGCUUCUGUGGCUCAUCGGACAUGUACUGCUCCAACAUCGCGGGAUGUCAGCCGGCCUACGGUGUCUGUGAAGGUUCAAUCACUACGACCACCUCUGCAACGACGACAACAACCAGCUCAUCGUCAUCCACGGUAACUACGACCACUUCGUCGACAACUGUAACGACCAGCAGCAGCACCACGAGCAGUAGCAGUAGCAGCAGCAGCAGCAGCAGCAGCAGUGCCACUGCAAGCCCAACUGUCGGCCUGCCACCUGGCCAGAGCACCACCCCCGACGGCACAUGUGGCAACAACAAGUCCUGCCUGGGGUGGGUGUCAGGCCCAGUACGGCCUUUGCGAGGGAUCCUCCCCGCCACCCGGCUCAACAUCAACGACAUCUUCGCUGUCGACGAGCAGCCCAUCCUCUACGUCAACAGCCACGACGACAUCGGGGACGACAAGCACCAGCUCUAG